UUUGAUGCUCUCUGCUGCCAUAAUAUGCUGGCAAUGUCAAGAUGCCUGAUUUAUUUAAUGACCCUACUUGCAAGUACUCUGAAAUAUCUGCAGUUUCCGCUGGUAAUAAAUCUUCCAACUGCACUAUGGAUUUCUCUUUUAGACUUGCAUAUAACGAUCUAGAUGAAUGUAUAUAAACAUGAGUUGCCUGCAUGAAUGUUGUCGUGUAUCUCUUCUUUUUAAGGAUUCUCUCAGUUUCCCGUUUUCAAGAACUUAGACUGGAAAGUUGGCGAGUGCCAACUGCUAUUUUCAUGCAGUGUCUCAUCAUCAGACCUUGUAUCCAAGUGGAUGGGUGAAAGUGAGAAGCUAGUUUCAAACCUUUUUCAAAUGGCUCGUGAAAGUGCUCCUUCCAUUAUAUUCGUUGAUGAAAUCAAUUCCCUGUGUGGACAGCGAGGAGAAGGAAAUGAGAGUGAAGCUUCCCGACGUAUUAAAACAGAACUCCUUGUGCAGAUGCAGGGUGUUGGACACAAUGAUGAUAAAGUUCUUGUUCUUGCAGCAACAAAUACACCCUAUGCCCUAGAUCAGGCUAUACGGCGAAGAUUUGAUAAGCGUAUCUACAUUCCUCUCCCAGAUCUGAAACACAUGUUCAAAGUUCACUUAGGUGAUACCCCCCAUAACUUGAGCAAGAGUGACUUUGAAGACCUGGCCCGUAAGACAGAGGGGUUUUCUGGUUCAGAUAUUUCAGUUUGCGUCAAGGACGUGCUAUUUGAACCUGUACCAAAAACUCAAGAUGCUAUGUUCUUUACUCAGACUUGUAAUGAUACCUGGGUGCCAUGCGGACCAAAGCAACCGGGUGCUGUGCAGACGACUAUGCAGGAGCUUGCUGCUAAAGGACUUGCAUCCCAGAUAAUCCCGCCACCCAUUACAAAGACAGACUUUGACAAGGUUCUCGCACGUCAAAGACCAACAGUUAGUAAAUCUGACCUUGAAGUGCAUGACAGAUUCACAAAGGAGUUUGGAGAAGAAGGUUGAAGAAAUUGAUGUAUCACUGGUAACUGCUAUACCUGGAGUUGCCAUGAUUUGUAUUUUCUGCUGCUUGUAUGAAAAAUUUGCAAUAUUCAUCAAAGGCUCUUCAAACGGGACGUUGACAUUCUUUAUCCUUUUAGGAUUUGUGUUAGUUUUAGCUUUGCAUGUAUUUAAUGUCAAGACAGAACAUUGCAAGUAUCUUUGGUUGUAUGCCUUUUACAAUUCUAAUUGCAAUCACUUUUAUUCACAAAUUGUCAGCAAUUGCUCCCAUUCUUUCCUGUUGUAGUUUCUCCAGAAAUGCCAAACCUGCCGGUUGGAUGGUGACAAUGUAUAGUAAAAAAGUUGGUAA